CCGAACCGUCAGGACAACCUUCCAUUGUAUUGAGCACGCGCGCAUCUGGGACCUCUUUUACAUCUAUAUCUUGACUUACGCAGUCUCCAGCUAUGGGCGUGCGCGAAGAGUCCUCCAAGCGACGGAAAUCCAUUGCGGGGACGAGCAGCAGGUCCUCCCUUGGGAACAAAGGGCGACGACGCGCAUACAGUAUCGCGCCAGGCUCUGCUUUGAGCCCCCUCGCGAAGGCGCGCAGAGACCUGGUCCCUCGCAAGAGCAUUCUCAAGGUCCCUGUGGCGAUCCUUCACGGCGAUGACCCCAGCUUCACCCCCUCCCCCGAUACCAGCGAGACCCGCGACUUUACGAACGACUUCAACAGGCGCAAGUCCUUGGGCCGCCGUGUCAGCUUCUCCAGCACGGCGCACAUACGCUACUUCAAGAAGCAACCCCGCCCCUCAGACGCAGCAUCCUCCGAAACGGGCUCGAUGGACGGCUCGCCGGAGAGGGCCCCCCCUCCACCUCCUCCACGCCCCACGAACGACGAGAACGCGUACCCGGGCAGUACGAGCAAUCGGCGGCGCAGCUCGGUCGGUCGCCCGUCCAUGGCCCCCUCCGACAUGGACGUGACGGGCGUGUUCGACUUUGCGCAGCAGCCCCAGGGCAACGGUGGCAGCGCCCUCGACGAUUCUGAAGAUAGCUACGUCGAAGACGGCGACGACGGCGACAUGGAUGUCACGCAGAGCAUGCCCAACAACCUCGCCCGGCGCAAGUCCUCCGUCGCCUUUCAGGACCCCGCCGACGCGUCCGACGCGUCAAACAUGUCCGUCGACCCCGAUCAGACGGGCUCAUAUAUGGACGAGUCCACAAUGCAGUCCGACACUGAACCCCUCGAGUGUGAAGUGCCCCUCGGUCAGGCUUUGAACCCGCCUGUGUCGAAUGACGCGUGGGACGCGCUGGAACAGGCAGCGAACGAGAAUGUCUCACCCGGGAACGACGAGGACGAUGAUCUGGAGGAUGCUAUUCAACGUCUGCGGCGCGCUUCCGCUUUUCUGCCACAAACAUCCGGUGAGAUCUCGGAGGACUCGUUCGCAUCGACGGAGGAUAGCUUUAACCCUGACGGCGAGGAGACAAUGAACAUCAGCCGUGCGUUAGGGCGCGUCAGCAUGGGCGGCAACACGAAUCUAGCGCGCAUGAGCAUGGGUGGGGAGUCCGCGAUGGACGAGUCGGGGGUCUAUGGACGCGUCGGUGUUGAGCCGGAGCUGCCCGCGACUCAGUCACCGCCAAAUUCGCAGCCUCAGCAGCCAGCGUCUGCUCCUCCACAACAGCAACAACAGCAGACUCAAACCCUCGCCGCCUCUACCACACAGACGUUCAACGCCUCUACCACUCAACCCCUCGCCAUCUCCUCUAACAAACCCCCCGUCUUCCGUCCCCCGCCCCUCAACUCCAUCACGGGUACGCCCAAGCCUGUCUUCUCUGCUCCUGGAUCCAGCAUCUUUUCCGCGCCUGGGUCUAGCAGUGUCUUUUCUGCUAGCACGUCCUCGACCUCUGCGACCACUACCUCAGGUACCUCAGCACCCUCCAGCAUCCCCUCGUCUGUAUUCUCUACGCCCAAGCCCAAGCCAAUGGGCCAGGGACAGCCUAGCUCGGCCGUGCGGCCCUCGACGAUCCCGCGGCCGUUCACGUUCACGCCGCGCGCGGUGAGCUCCCCUGCGAAAGGGGGUGCGAAGGCGGCAGCGAGUAAGGAGGGACAGGCGCAGGCGAGUAAGGAGGCACCAGCGAGUAUGGGGGGUACGCAUGGGCAUGGCUCCGCUGGUACUGGCAGCAAUGCACACGGCCACGGCCCUGCGCACCCCAUCCACGGCAGGCCCUCUGCCCCGGUUCGCCCCGCGUCGCCUGGCAAGGGGUUCUCUGCAGCGUUCGCGCCGCCGACGGUGAAACCGUCACCGAGGAAGUUUGGGCAACAGCAGCAGGAGAGUGCGAUGGUGCCGGAGAAGCGGGCGAGGAAUGAGAACGAGGCGGGGAAGAGGCCGCUGGGGGAGAAGGGGGCUUCGCAGAAUGCUGCACAAAGUGGUGCACACGUAUCUCCUCAGGGCGGCUCGUCGAAGACUUCUCCUCAAGCUCUGGCGAAUUCGACCGCCGGUCCUGCUGGUCCUUCGACAUCGCCCCAACCACGCCCGCUCUCACCAAGCCGCGUCGCCCCCUUUGAAAGCGUGACGGCGAACCCGGUCGUGCGCCGGCGGACGUCGAUGAUUCGCAGGCCGUCGAUCGCGGGGAGGAAGAGUGUUGGUGGCGUGCCACCGCCGCCCUCAGCUUCAGGCAAGCAAGCAGAGCCGGCGAGCACCACUGGCAAUGAAAGUCAGAUACCGUCCGCCGCUGGAACUGGCUCCCCACCGCGAAAGAAGGCGAGCAUCGGAAUGGGUAGGGCGAGCAUGGGCGUGGCAGGCUCGGAGCGGAUGCCGUCGACGCACAGGCGUACGUCGCUGCAGCCACCGGUGCCGGUGUUGGAGAAUGGGAAAGGGAAGGGAAAGGGGAGAGCAGUGGUGCAGGAGCCUGGGCAUGAGGACGAGCACGUGGGUGAAGACAUGGAGGUGGAUGAAGAUGAGCGAGACAAGGAGGAAGCAGGGGACGGACAAGUACAACCCAGCGGUGGUGAGGCGGGUGUGGAUACGCAGCGGAUGCAGGCGUGGGUAGACGGUGUUGACCAGGAGAAUCCAGAGGAACCAGAGGAAGUUCCCCAAGUUUCCAUUCAAGAGUUCUUUGAGAUCACCGGCAUCAAGUUUAUCGACGAGAUGAUUGCGCCACGGCGAUCCAUCGCGCCUCGACAAGCGCGUCCUGCGGACAGCAUCCCCUUGUCAGAGUACCUCGUCGCGCUCGCGGUCGAUCUGCCGCAGCUUGACUUGUACGGUCGCGUCGCCGAUGACCUGGCACGCUCGAACACAAAGUACAAGGAGAACUUCGAGGAGAUGGAGCGGGAGGCGGCACUGGAUACGCCAGAGCUAUUCCAAGAGUACAUGCUGGCGGAGCCGGAGGAUCAGGAAGGGUUUAGGCACUACCUAACGCUCAUCAAGGCGAACGCGCGGAUGCAGGCGAAGUCGGCUUGGUACUCGUGGAAGAGUACCUGGGUAGAGGAGCUCACGGGCAUCGCGCAGUCAGAGCUGGAGGCGAUGGAAGCGGACACCAAGACCAUCGCGGAACUCAACGCGCAAUUGGAGACUGCGCUCCCGGAGCUGGAACGCCAGCAUGCGGAAGUCACUGCGCAGCUCGAGAAGGAGCGCACUGAGAUCGCUGAGGUCGAGGCUUGCAACCAGGACUGGUUGAACGAACUCAAGGGCACGAUUGCGGAUCAAAGCACUGAAAUUCGUUCCUUCGAGACUGAACUCGCGCAAGUGCGCUCGGGCAAGCAACAUGUGCAGGCGCGCAUCGACGAGUAUGAGGCGGAAAAGCAAGAGCAUAUGGCUGCUAUUGCGAACGCAAAUCGCAUGCUCGAUGUUCGGGAGCGGCGUACACACUCGGAAGUGCGAAGGUUGCAAGCCGAACUCGAUGCCCUCGAGGACUUGCACCAGUUCAGGAUGCGAACAAUCAGGCCGGACUUGUUCGAGUACGAAUUCUUGGAGAAGUACUUGGUGUCCUUGCCCUGCCGCGCCUUUCAGCCGGUCAAUCAGGGGAUCAACAUCACUUAUCUGCCUGGGCGACCUAUCGUGCGGGACGACUUCCCCAAGUAUACGGCACUCGUUCUGCAGACGGCGAAGCGACGCAUCGCAGAGGGGCCGAAGAGGACCAUUCCAAAGAUCGUUCAAGAACUUCGGGAUUACUUCUUCUCUUGCAAAGAAUUGCGGUCGCAGCUGGGACUGAUCACCGUCAAAUACCCGGUCGAGCUGAGCGUUCUACACGAUCAAGGCGAGGCGCUCAUGGCGACGGCAAUUGUGCUCUUCAAGCCCGUCAAGGCGAAGGCGUUUGUCAGCUUCAUCUUCGCGGACGAAGUGUUUGCGACGUGGCCCCAUAGCAUCAAGGGCGUGAGGGUGAAGGUGGACGUGGCGUAUGGGCAGAUUGACCCGGAACUGCUGUCCAUGGCGGUGACCAGCCGACUAGCGGAGGCCACUCUGCAGGAUAACUAUGCUUGCCUCCUCGACGCCUGCAUACAGGCCCAGGAGCAGUAUCCGGCUGCCGAUUCGACCGCUAUGGAGACUUGAGUCUCAUUAUUUUCCCGGGUGUCGACCUAUCUGGCCUCACUCGGUCUUGUUUUUGUAUCUCCUUGUCAGAUCUAGGUUGUGAUUGACUCUUGUAUUGUAUCUAGGUAUCAUAGAUCGAGUUAUUCGUUGUUCUUGGCUCUA